GCUUGGUGGAGUGUGCAGGUGAGCGCGGUAAGAUACCCCGCAGGGCACUGAUGUGGGUGACAGCUGAGGGGAUGGUAACAGAUUUCUGCAAGACUAGAUAUUGCUGGUGACGGUUAAGAAAAAAUGGAAGUUAUACAAAAUCAGCUGGACUGUACUCGUUGCAGUUUUCAUGGCAGUGACUACAAAAGUAUGCAAAUCCACAUGGGAACCAUCCACCCAGAAUUCUGUGAAGAAAUUGAUGCUGGUGGCUUAGGAAAACUAGUGUUUUACCAGAAAAGUGCACGAUUGUUCCAUUGCCACCGGUGCUUUUUCACAAGCAAGAUGUUUGCCAAUGUGUAUUAUCAUAUUUUAAAUCAGCAUGCAGUGCCGGGCAAAUGGAGCAAUGAAACCAAGCCUGUUGUUGAGCCUAAGUCAGAACCAGCUUCAGAAGUCGAGUCUGAAAAAAAUGAUUCAGAAAGUUUGGAAAGUGAAGAUGAUAAAUAUGUGGAAGAGCAAGAUCAUCGAAACAAGAUAAAUAAUGUUGUAAAGAAUGAAGAGAAUGAUACGCUUACUUCUUGGCCAGAGACAGCUCCACGUCAGGAUAACCCAGAUAAUUCGGACAGUGAUUUUAAAAGCAGCAGCCUAGAGAAGGUCAGUGAGAUGUCUGCAGAGACUAAAGACAAAGAGUCAAGUAGUGAGCCUGAUAUACCGGAGUCUGAAUCCAGCAAUAAUAGCAGUAACAUAACAAAAUUAAGCUCUACGAAGGCUAAAGUUAGUACGGAAUUUUCAGAUAAUGAUGCAGCAUCUUCUCUAUCGAAGGACAUACCAGAGUUUUCAGAUGAUGAUGAUGAAGGACCUGCUUUACCAGGUGGCAUACCACAUUUUUCAGAAGAUGAGGAAACUGCACCUCAGACAAAGGAGUUAGAGUCCUCUUCGGAAGAUAAUCCUCUACCUGACCAGUCCAGCCAGUCCAGAGGGAUUGAGGACAUUUCUGAGGAUGAGAUGCCACCUGAAGAAAAGCCUGUGGAUAACAUGUCUGAAGAAGCUGCUCCAACUCAGUCAAAGGAUCCUGAAAAUUCUUCUGAGGAAGAAAAUGCAUUUGCCGCAGGAAAAGAGAUGGACUUUUCUGAGGAUGACGAGGAGGAUGCUCCAGCUCUGUCAAAAGACAUCAUGGAAUUUUCAGAAGAGGAGGAGGAAGAGCCUGCUGCUAUACCUAAGAAUGCCAUGGACUUUUCAGAUGAAGAAGAAACUGCAAAUGCAACAAAAAAUAUAAUGGAGUUUUCUGAAGGGGAGGAAACCACAAAUGUAUCAAAGCAUGUAAUGGAAUUUUCUGAAGAAGGUACAUCAGGUUUGUCAAAGGACAUUAUGGAGUUUUCUGAAGAAGAUGAUGACACACCAGCAAUUUCAAAGGGCAUUAUGGAGUUUUCUGAUGAGGAUGACCUUUAUCCUCAGUCAAAAGAUAUGCCUAAAUGUUUAGAAGGCAAUUCGACUCCCACUCAGUCGAAAGACACUGAGUGUAUAGAUGAUGCUCCUGCUUCAGUAUUGAAAGGGUCUUCACCAUUUUCAGAAGAUGGUGAAAUUCCUGAUGAAGUAACAUCUAGUGAUCAAAAGGACAUUGCAGCUACAGCCACGAAUAUAAGUGUUCCAACCCGCUUGCCAGGAGUUGUGCAGUUGUACAAAGCUACACCAUGGACCAAGGAUAAACUUGAAACUAUAAACACCAGAGACAUUUCUCUAACUGUUCAUGAGACCAUUGAUGCUUCAGAUGAUAAAGAUGGUUAUGUUAAAGAUGAAGAAAUAUUGAAACAUGUUAAACGUGUAAAAGGCAGGUUUCAUUGCUUGCUUUGUGAUUGCCGACCUUUGAAAAGAGGGCCUAUUCUACACCACCUGAUCACCAGGCAUAAUAUGCCAAGUCCAUUCAUAUGCAAAACCUGCGGGAAAACAUUUGUUAUGGAGACACACUUGAAGAACCAUCUUGCAUCUCACACCAAAGGCCUGUAUAAAUGUCACAGAUGUAGUUUUCAGACUGAUCAUCCAAGGGGUUUCAAAAAACAUCAAACGCACUGUGAAAAUCGCCACAAAGAAGAUGCCAUUAAACCAGUUUCAGACAUCAAUGACAUUCGUGAGGAUAACAAUGAGGAAGAUUGACUGUAACAUCUAACUAACUGGACUCUUAUGAAGUAAAAUAUCUGUGUAGGAGUCCUCAAAUGGAAUCUGCCAUUUCUGACUCCUGGGCUGCAUGCUAAUU